UGGACUCAGGUGCGUAAUUUCCGGUUCUAACAGCCAGAAAUAACUGUGUUCGCCGGCAGGUCCAGGGUCAGCUUUAAAGGUUGAUAUUACGAGCUACUCGGUCAAUGAGCAUCGUUGUAAAAUGUAUCCAAGAUCAGGAAUUUGAAUGCGUUUUUACUUUCAUGAUUCACGUUGUGUAAAAUUCUGCCACCACUUCCGCAUUGAGAUCUUGACAAACUAGCUUAUCAUGGCAGUGGGCCUAAUAUCGUAUCAGACGUUGAGUUGUCGAUUGUUAAACCGUAUGAUUUCGCACCAAAGCGUGAGCACAAUCUGCAACUUUACACGCGCUUUAUCGAGAAGGACUAGCUCUCCGUACACAGAUCUCUCACCACGGACAGUCCACCGUCUGGCAAAUCUAUGCGGGAGUUGGACGUGCCGGACAUCACAGUGGUUGUCUUUUUACGACUCAAGAUCGUUCUCGUCUUUACCUCCACCGCCCCCUUCUGGUGAUAAAACCAAAAAGACAGGACCAGUGACUUGGAAAUCAUUAGCAAUAACAUUUGCAUUCGGGGGUGUUCUCCUUGCUGGAAUGAAAUAUUUCAAGAAGGAAAAAGAAGAAUUGAUUGAAAGAGAAAGGACAAAGUCAAUGGGGAAACCAGCACUUGGGGGUCCAUUCUCUCUUGUGGAUCAGAAUAAUAAACCCUGUAAAAGUGAGGAUUUCCUCAGCCAGUGGGUCCUUAUCUACUUUGGGUUUACACACUGCCCUGACAUCUGUCCUGAUGAAAUCGAGAAAAUGAUUGAGGUGGUCGAUGAAAUAGACAGGAUACAGUCUCUUCCAAACCUGACCCCCAUCCUCAUCACCAUUGAUCCUGACAGGGACACACCUGAGGCCAUGGGGACAUAUGUGAAAGAGUUCUCCCCUAAGCUCAUUGGCCUGACUGGGACAAUGACCCAAAUUGACCAGGUCUCUCGAGCCUACAGAGUCUACUACAGCCAGGGACCAAAGGAUGAAGACAACGACUACAUUGUUGAUCACACAAUCAUCAUGUACCUGGUUGGUCCGGACGGAGAGUUCAAAGAGUAUUUUGGACAGAACAAGAGGAGCGCUGAGAUCUCCUCUUCCAUUGCAUCACACAUGAGGAAGUACAAGAAGGGGAAUUAAGAGGUGAGAUGAAGGAGAACUGGUCAAGUGCACUGUCUGUGUCUGGGAACACCUCUUGUGUGCCUCUCUCAGCCUUCAGAGACAGUCAGCAGCCUCAGGCCCAGCAGCCUCAGGCCCAGCAGCCUCUGGCCCAGCAGCCUCUGGCCCAGCAGGACUGAACGCUGCCAUAUUAUGUCAAUGACAUGGAAUAUUUAUUUGCAUUACAGCUUUUCAUUGAAUUCAGAUGUCUACGACUUACCAUUUCCUUGUUGCGGUUCACCAUUUAACAUGGUCUCUAAUAUCAUGUUUAAGUCUAAGAUGAUUUAAAGUGAUUCUUUGCAAAUGGGUGUGGACAACACUUAAGUGUUUAUUUUUUCUGCUUUGCCCAUUAUUUAAAUCGAUAUGAAAUACAAUUGUUUCGAUGUAAAAUGAGCCAACCAGAAAUACUUGAUUUUAAGUACCUAAAAUGUAACUACCAUAAAAUGUAGGGGGGAAAUAUUCCCUGGAAAUCAAUACUGAAGAACUAUAGGUUUCCAGUGUUUGCCCUUGGACACUCCUAAUGGAAAAAAAACAUGAAUAGUUGUCGUUGUGCAGUUAGAGUUCGGCUUUACUUCCUUUACACUAAUUCUUCUGUUAAGUCUGGCCCAAUACCUGGACUUGUUUCAGUGACACCAGAAACAUUUAUGCACUGUAAUAACUCUUUGGUUACUCGAUUUGUACUAUUCAUAAAUCAGUCAUAUUUCAACUGAAUUUCCAAAGUAAUGUUUAAUUUAUUAAACUUGAACUUACAAUUAUGUAUGUCUGUCUGAUUUUUUUGUUUUUGUUUUACUGCCCAUGUAGUCGUAGGCUACCAUGCAGGUUAUCAGGGCUUCACUUUGUACAACCAUAUUGUAGACUAGCCUGUUCCUAGUGGCAAACACGUGCCGGUCAGAGUUUGUUGUUCAUAGGAGGUGUCAAGAGUAGAGUACCGUCCGAGAUAAUUAAUUUAACAGCUUGACUUGUAAUCAUGUUGCUAUUGAUAUGACCGCCAGGACAGUGUCUUGACUGGGCCCAUUGUUCUGCAAAUAAAUGGUAAU